ACUAACACAAGCAGUGAGAGAAAAGUACCUGUUUUGGGUUAAGCUAUUUUUUCAGGAACCUUCAAUGACAUUUAUUUGAAAAUAUUCAAAGUUUUAGCCGUUUUCAGUGCUUUGCCAUUCUUUGAUUCAGCGCACCCAUCAGAGAGACAAGCAAGGAGGCAACGAGGAGGACAUGCACUCCUGCCAGAUGAGGAUAUCAGCGAUGAGGUUCAUGUGGUCGGUGUCGGUGCUGGUGCUUCUUCAGCCUGGAGUUCUCGGUGCCAGGAGGUUUAGAGGUGGUCGUAACUCCCAGCCUCGCCGGGUGCUGCCCUCAGUGCCAUACCGGGACCGGGGAGACACGACCGAGAGCUUCUCGCUGGAUUUCACGGCGGUGGAAGAGAACAUGGACAACUUCAUGACGCAGGUGAAGAACCUCGCGCAAUCGUUGUAUCCGUGCUCUGCGCAGAAACUCGACUAUGAUAUGAAGUUACACUUUUUGGAGAAUACAUCGGUUACAUGCAAUGACGGGAGUCCAGCAGGGUACUACAUAAAAGAGUCCAAAGGGAGUAAAAGAUGGCUUAUAUUCUUAGAAGGUGGCUGGUACUGUUUUAACAGAGAGAGCUGCAACAGUAGAUACGAGACAAUGAGACGCCUCAUGAGCUCCACAAAAUGGCCAAACACAAAGACGGGCACAGGAAUACUUUCUCCGCUUCCAGAAGAAAAUCCACACUGGUGGAAUGCAAACAUGGUAUUCAUACCAUAUUGCUCCAGUGAUGUAUGGAGUGGGGUGUCUCCAAAGACCAAUGACAGUGACUAUGCGUUCAUGGGAUCUCUGAUCAUAAAGGAAGUGGUCAAGGAGCUGUUGACCAAAGGUUUGGACACGGCCAAGGUGGUGCUGCUCGCUGGUAGCAGUGCUGGCGGUACAGGGGUGCUGCUGAAUGUGGAUGCGGUGGCGGACUUGCUAGCGGAGCAGGGCUACGGGGGCAUCCAGGUGCGCGGCCUGUCUGACUCGGGCUGGUUCCUGGACAACAAGCAGUACCACUGCAGCGACUGCCUGGACACACUCAGCUGUGCCCCGACAGAGGCCAUCAAGAGAGGCAUCAAGUACUGGGGAGGCGUCGUCCCGGAGAGCUGCAGGAAGGCCCACGAGGGGGAGGAGUGGAACUGCUUCUUUGGUUACAGAGUUUACCCAACUAUCAAGCGUCCCGUGUUUGUGGUGCAGUGGCUAUUUGAUGAAGCUCAGCUGACUGUAGACAACAUUCACCUGACGGGCCAGCCCCUACAGGAGGGUCAGUGGAACUACAUCCAGGAGCUCGGGCUCCAGCUGAGGAACACACUCAAGGACGUCCCGGCCAUGUUUGCUCCUGCCUGCUUAUCUCAUGAGAUCAUCACCAGGAGUUACUGGCUGGACGUGCAGGUGAAGGGCACCUCCCUCCCCCGUGCGCUGCACUGCUGGGACCGCAGUUUCCACGACAGCGCCCGGCACAGCAACAAGACCCCGCCCAGGGGCUGUCCCAUGCACCUGAUUGACAGCUGCCCGUGGCCCCACUGCAACCCCACGUGCCCGACCAUCCGGGACCAGUACAGCGGCCAGGAGAUGAGCGUGCUGCAGUUCCUCAUGCACAUGGGCUUCGACGUGCAGGCCAUGGCCCAGCAGCAGGGCAUGGACCCCAGCAAGCUACUGGGCAUGCUCAGCAACGGCAGCUAAUCGCCAGGGCAACAGUGGGGAUGGGUGCAUCAUCAUCAUCAUCAUCGCCCUCCCUUCCACCCGACUCGCCCAGACAACUCCCCCUAGAUUCACCUAGGGUCUCUCAAAAGCUGCAAACCUGGAACCUGAAAAACACGCACAUAUACACACACACACACACACACACACACACACACACACACACACACAUACACAUACACACACACACGCACACACACAAAAGCACAUACCAACAAACACACCUGCUACCAAACAUGGUGUCACAGCAUCCUAAAGGUCUGUCAUUACAUUACCAGUGGGACUCACUUGAACACUUAACAGGUACUGGAAACACACACAACCUUGACAAAGCACAGCUCACUGCUACUGGCCUUUAACUUAUCUUUUGGUUGGAAAAGAAAAAAAAGUAAUAUCACGAAUGUAAUCCGGUUUUAAGGAUACUCUAAUGUGUUUAUAUUCUCUUUUUGUAUCAACAUUACGGUUUUAAUUGUUAGUGUUUUUUUUUGUUUUGUAUUGACGGGUUUUUUUUUUAAGAAGGUGAAAGAGAUCAGAAACAUCAGUGGGUGUGAUGAAGUAGUCUUUAGAAACUUUAUGAAGUUUUUUUUUUUUUUAAUAACAGUGUAGUGAAGAAGCUUUCCUCAUACUAAACAAACAUCCUCAAAUGACAUGUAUAUACACACACAAACACACACACACACACACACAGACACACACACACACACACACACACACACACACACACACACACACACACACACACACACACACACACACACACACACACAAACAAACACACACACACACACACAAACAAACACACACACAUACGGCUGACGAAAAAGAGCUCAGGAUCUGUACUUCUCAGACAAAUUAGAAUAAGCUCCUAAAUAUAGACACUCCUUUUCCUCUCACUGGGAGUGAUAGAGUAGGGAGAAGGCCUGAGCCUCACAUCUCUCUGUCUCUCUCUCUCUUCUCUCUCUCUUUCUCAAUUCUUUCAUUCCUUCUAAGGGAGGAGAAGAAAGAGGAAAAGCGAGGCCUCAUUCACUUCAGUGUGUUCCUCUCCUAUGAUGGAACAGCUGUCUCUUCUCUCUGCUGGGAGGGCCUCUGCUUUUGCUUAAAGCACAUGUCCCAUGACUAGGACAGUCACACCCAUCAAAGGAUCUAUAUUGGUUCCUUCACGAUACUCAUUUCUGGUUCUGAUGGCUUAUAGCUUUUUAUAGAACCUGGAAACUGCUGGUAGAGACUGGUAAAUGAAACUGCCCAGAACCUGAACUUAAUACAACCUUACUCAGUUGUACAGAUUGUUUUGUCUUAAAUUAUUUCAGGAUUGUGCAGAUAAAAUCACGAGAUCUCUGCUGCAGUGAACACCAUAAUAAUGAUACUAUUAGUGUUUGAUGCUUCCAUGAAUUAUUCAAGAUAGAUUUUUAUCAGAAGAAAAUAACUUAGGAGAAAUACUUUGCUGCUAAGAGUCUCAGUUGUGGUGCUUCAGAUAUAAUAAGCAGACAUCAGCAACUGUCUGAGGAGUGUACAUACGGAGUCAUGAAACCUUUUUUUACCCCAAACCGCCAGCCUGCACCCAGAGCUUCAGUUAUCAACCACAAGAACAUGGUGCUGAACACAGACAUUCCAGACAGGUGUGUGGAGGUGUCUCUCUAGUUUUCAUUGGAGCUCUUUGAUGUCAUGUACUUAGUACCUGUAUGAUAAGUUUUAACUGCAGUGUUAGUAGAAGAGGCAUCGGUGUCAAUGUGUGGUAAACGUUCACUGGUUCAACCCUCCCCCCCAGCGCCAGGCUGAUGUGUCUGUGUCGACUAGUGGGCCGGGUUUCCCAGAUGCGUUAAGAAGCUCUUAAGUGCUAAGAACUUCUUAGGAGCGUUCUAAAGAGCGCACUUAAGAGCUUUUAAAGAAUCUGGGAAACGCUGCCCAGUGGAGUAACUCACAGAUCCACCAGAGGACUCCCACUGGAAUACCCCUCACUGAGCCGCUCUGGUUACUUUAUCUGUUUCUCCUGAAAUGAAGACACUCUGGACUAUUAAAAUAUUUAAUAGAAAAUCUUUUUUUUUUUUUUUUUAAUAAAAUAUUAAGUUAAUGCUUUAUGUAACAGUCUAUAUUUUAAAAGCUUAUGGAUACAAAAAUAAUAACUUCUAUUUCUUAACAGACCAGACAUGAAGAGGUAUUACUAAUUGUUAUUUUCAGUGUAACAUAUUUUAAUAGAAAGCGUUCAAGCUACUUUUCGUACGUUACAUAUUUAUUUUCUUAUGUAAAUCAUAUUUAUAAAAUGCUGUUUUCACAGAGAAGUGAUUCUUUGUAAAUUGUAAAUAUUUGUUGUUUUUCCUUCGUUCAUUGCAUGUCUUUGUAUCAAA